AUGAGUCAUGUGACCAACAUCUCAGGAGACGACACUGAACGAUUCAAACUCAAUAAAAAGCUGACCUGGUUCACACGGACUAAAGUCUCCCAACAGUCUCCCAACAGUCUCCCAACAGUCUCCCAACAGUCUCCCAACAGUCUCCCAACAGUCUCCCUACAGUCUCCCUACAGUCUCCCUACAGUCUCCCUACAGUCUCCCUACAGUCUCCCAACAGUCUCCCAACAGUCUCCCAACAGUCUCCCAACAGUCUCCCAACAGUCUCCCAACAGUCUCCCAACAGUCUCCCAACAGUCUCCCAACAGUCUCCCAACAGUCUCCCAACAGUCUCCCAACAGUCUCCCAACAGUCUCCCAACAGUCUCCCAACAGUCUCCCAACAGUCUCCCAACAGUCUCCCAACAGUCUCCCAACAGUCUCCCUACAGUCUCCCUACAGUCUCCCUACAGUCUCCCAACAGUCUCCCAACAGUCUCCCUACAGUCUCCCUACAGUCUCCCUACAGUCUCCCUACAGUCUCCCUACAGUCUCCCUACAGUCUCCCAACAGUCUCCCUACAGUCUCCCAACAGUCUCCCAACAGUCUCCCUACAGUCUCCCUACAGUCUCCCUACAGUCUCCCUACAGUCUCCCUACAGUCUCCCUACAGUCUCCCAACAGUCUCCCAACAGUCUCCCAACAGUCUCCCAACAGUCUCCCAACAGUCUCCCAACAGUCUCCCAACAGUCUCCCAACAGUCUCCCAACAGUCUCCCAACAGUCUCCCAACAGUCUCCCUACAGUCUCCCUACAGUCUCCCUACAGUCUCCCUACAGUCUCCCUACAGUCUCCCUACAGUCUCCCUACAGUCUCCCUACAGUCUCCCAACAGUCUCCCAACAGUCUCCCUACAGUCUCCCUACAGUCUCCCUACAGUCUCCCUACAGUCUCCCAACAGUCUCCCAACAGUCUCCCAACAGUCUCCCAACAGUCUCCCAACAGUCUCCCAACAGUCUCCCAACAGUCUCCCAACAGUCUCCCAACAGUCUCCCAACAGUCUCCCAACAGUCUCCCUACAGUCUCCCUACAGUCUCCCUACAGUCUCCCUACAGUCUCCCUACAGUCUCCCUACAGUCUCCCUACAGUCUCCCUACAGUCUCCCUACAGUCUCCCUACAGUCUCCCUACAGUCUCGCUCAGACUACUCACCUGUUUGACCUUUUCUUGACUUUGCAGCAGUAG